AGAAACAGAUAACACGUUCCGUAGCUUAGCAAUGUUUCUGAGGUGGAAGAAGGCUGUUUUUGUAACAUAUGAAAUACGACUUUAGAAAGAUAAGUUGCUGUCUUUAAUUGCAGAUGGGUAACUAAUCGAACCAUUGUAAAGUGUUAUAGUUGAUACGAGCAUGACAGAACUCAGCACUAGACAAACAACCGGUGACUGGAGCGGAGCGUGCGUGGAGUCCAACCGAAACGCCUCUGAUUGGCCACUGCGUUUUAGAAAUCAACAAACAUGUCUGUGAUUGGCUACAUUGCUCACCUCUGCGAAAAUGCAUCGUAAAAUCAUUUGACGCUUUCCAAAGAAGAAGAUACACUGGAUUGUGUGCCAAAUCUAUUUAGUUAUGCUAUUAUUACGAAGAAGAGGUUAUGGGCAGCUUUUCCAUCUAAAAGUAAGCAGAAGCAACAGCAGGCAGCUGAAUCAGUAAAUACACGCUAAACUCAAGUCCGAGCGUCCCCCUCGGUCCGAAGGGGGUUCACAGAUAUCCGUGGGGGGCCCCCUCUGGCGCCAGGCCUGCUAUGGUCCCUUACAUGCCCUGAAAGUAACCUCCGAUUGUGGAACCGAAAGCUGAGGUUAUCUGCUCGCUUGUCCUCAGACAUAUCCGGGUAUGUCACAACCUGCUGUUUGGAAUACGUUACCACCAGCUGGUUAGUUUAGUCUAGUGAUGUUAUUUUUGCUUCAGACACGAAUACACGGAUUAUUUGAGUGAAAACAAGAAGAGCAGUGUUUUGGGGUUGCCAUGGCAUCGACAAAGUACGAGAAAAAGCCAGAGCCCGGAGACCUCAUUGAAAUCUCCCGAGGCUUAUACCAGCACUGGGCUAUUUAUGUUGGUGAAGGUUAUGUGAUUCACCUGGCACCACCCUCUGAAGAUGCUCAAGCUGGACCCUACAGUAUGAUGUCAGUAUUAUGUGAAAAAGCCACAGUGAAGAAAGAGGAACUUUAUGAAGUAGUUGGGAAUAAUGAUUACUGUAUCAACAAUCUUCUGGAUGAGAAAUAUGAGCCACGUCCUGUUCGAGAGAUUCUACGGGAUGCACACAGAUUUUUAGGAAAAGAACUUACAUAUUGUGUCUUUAGAAAGAACUGUGAGCACUUUGUUACAGAGUUGAGAUACGGAAAACCACAGUCCUGCCAGGUGCGGAAAGCGGUGGAGAUUGGUGUUGGAGUUGGUCUUGCUGCAGCAGCUACUUUUGGAGUUCUUGCUGCUGCUGCAGCCAUAUUUGGUUCAAAAGACAAAACAGAAACAGUAAAGACUGGGAAAUGAAGAAGUGAAAGCACAAUUGCCUUUGAUAUUUAAAGUCUGUAAAAUGAUUAUUGCUUUUAAUGGAAAUAAUUUAAACAUGUAUUGUAUGGAUUAGGCAGGCUUAGUUUUAUGAGCACAAAUGGAAAUAUUCUAAAAAUCUCUGCCUGAAGGAUUUCUCUUUCUACUGGUUUUCUUAUAAUAUUUCAAGCAUUUUAAUAAUCAUAUAAUCAAAAAUAGCAGGCUGAAUAUUUGACCAAAUGAGUCCUAAAAUAAACUGCCAUGUUUCUAUUUUUGUGCCAUUAAAUAUUUGACAUCAUA